UGUAGACACUAUAGACAUCAACCUAAUACCUCUAACGCAAACCCAAAUUUUACCACUGAAAACAUCACCACUUAUUUUCAAUCUCCUCCUCUACUACUUCUUUCUUCUUUUACCAAUUAAAAGAAACUACAUAACGAGUAGAGUUCCAAGAAAGAAAAUUUGAAGUGCAAUUAACAUAAGAAAUGGCCCUGCAAGCACCUACUAGAAUUCCAGCUAGUCCUUUAGCCCCAAACAGUGGUCUUAGACAGGCACCAAAUGGUUUAGCUUUGAAAUCAUCAUUUUUUUCUCCAUCAGUUCAUCUCUUGCUUCCACCUCCAUCAUUCUCUGUUGCUGCUCCUGCUACUGCCCCUAGAAUCUCCAUGCGUGUUACCUCUAAACAGGCCUAUAUUUGCCGGGAUUGCGGGUAUAUUUACAAUGAGAGAACUCCUUUUGAGAAACAACCCGACAAGUACUUCUGUCCUGUAUGUGGAGCUCCCAAAAGAAGAUUCAGGGCUUAUGAACCUAAAGUAACCAAAGAUGCUAAUUCCACAGAGGUUCGUAAGGCCAGAAAAAAAGAGUUAAAAAGAGAUGAGGCUAUUGGGAACAUACUGCCCAUUGCUAUUGGAGUUGGAGUUGUUGCACUUGCUGCUUUAUACUUCUAUGUCAACAACAGUUCUUAGAUUGGAGUGGAGGGAAAAAAUGUCAUAUCUGAUUAACAGAUCAAGGAGAUUGUUAAAUUUUGUAUUAAAGCUCUAUAUACAAUUGUUUAUUCUAUCCAUUCAUUCUCUAAACUCCACUCCUAUAGAGAUGCAAAUAUGAAAUUGAUAAUUUGUCUUGUUAAACAAA